AUCCGCGGGUUUGGCAGAGGAGCAAGUGCUCAAGCUUACAGUCUUUUUUUUAAAUCUCAGGAGACAGCAGGUCUUCUGCUUCAUAUGCGGGACAUUGAUUGAUUAGGUGAUUGGUUGAUUAAGUGCUGCCAAGUCGGUGUCGGCUCUUAGCGACCACAUAGCUAGAGUCUCUCCAAGAUGAUCUGUCUUCAACUUGGCCUUUUUAAAGGUCUCUCUGCGGGACACAGGCAGGUUAGCCAAUACCAGCGCUAACUGCGUGUGUAUGAGUACUUGUGAGAGAUGAAAAGAAAGUCAUUGCAAAAUUUAGAAAUACCUGAGACACUGCGGGGAAGGAGGCAGCAACGAUGAAGCCUCCUCUGAAGCAAGCUCUGCCUGCUGGUACUUGCCCCGCGGAGAACUUUUUUCACCAGAAGUGAUAGGUUUGUGGGACCUUGUUGCUGGCCAGACUAGAAGCUUCCACUCCUACCAUUACAUUGUCUGUGGUGGUAACUGUUUGCACCUAUGGGACACAUCACAGGCAAGCAGCAGAGGGCAAAGGAUGUCCUUGGCAUCAUCUUUGGAAUUAACUUCUUUGCUUGCUUCAGUAAAGCAUUGCCCCAGCAUGAAAAUCAUCAAUGACACCCACGAUGUGUGACGCUUUUAACAAAACAUACAUACUCAGGAGCAUAGCAAGAUGCUAUGGCAGAGUUCAAAGUGCGUCCAUUUGACAAUAUUACUCUACCCUGCCACUUCUCCUUUGUGGAUAGCACAGAUACCUUGGCUUUCACUUGGGAGAGGGAAGAUAUCAAGGAAGAGCAUGAAGUGGAAGAUAAAGAUUUUUAUAAAUUUUUUGUUGGGCUCCAAGACUUUUACCAAUUUUAUCCCAAGCUGAUAUACAGCUAUAGCAACAACAAGGAACAGACAGAGGAGCGAAAUUCUCUGUAUGAGGGGAGAGUCUGGGUCGAUGAGGAGGAGAUUCCGGAGGGCAGUCUGUCACUCAUAUUGGAGCAAGUACAGUUUUCUGAUGAGGCUCUGUACAUAUGUAAGGCAAGUAAUAUAAGGGGCAGUGGACAAAAGAAAAUGAAACUCAUUGUAGAAGAUGCUGAAGAGCCACAGGUGCAAUUCAGCACAGUCAAUGAUACACUUGUGGCCAAGUGCAUCUCAGCAGGCUGGUACCACAUGCCAAAGGUAACCUGGCGUAAUCGCAGGGAAGAAGAUCUGUCCAGCUACUCCAUCACAGAGAUUCUGGAAGAGAAGCAGGAUGGGUCUUACAGAGUGGUGUCUCUCUUGAUAUACCCUGUAUUACUUCAUGAGAUCUACACUUGUCAUAUUGAAGAAGAUGAUGUGCUUAACAGGCCGGUCCGAUCCAUCCACAAAGUCCCAAAGAGGAAAUACCAUAACAUGUACAAUCACUAUUAGAAAUCCAGCAGCUGUUUAGAAGCCACCUGCAAAGGGAAGCUGCUUCUGCUUUCAGCCCAUGAAUUCUCCUUUGAGUACUCUUUGCACGGAAUCUGGAUGUAGCAGAAAGAAGAGAAGGAACACUAGUCUAGAGACUAUUAAUAGCAAGAACCUCUGCAGUGAGAAGAGGAAGUUUUAAUUCAGGCAGACAUAUGAAAAUUUCUGAAAGAAGGUAACACAAAAUGAUGUCCAAUUUGUAUGCUGUUCCUUGGCAUGGAGCCUGCAAGCCUCUGAAUAAAUCUAUCAAA